ACACUAUAUUCCUUGUUACUAUCGGUCGCGGGUUUAAUUUAAUGGUCGCUAGUUUCAAGGAGUGUUAGAGAGAGGGAGAAAGAGCUAGAGAAGCCUGUGCAGUCCAUCUCUAAAUCUGUUGAAGCAUUUCCAUUUCUAAAUGGGAAGGAAAAAGAAGCACAAGCAUGAUCGGCGGUCACGAUCCAGAUCAUCAUCUAGUGAAGAUGAUGAUUACAGUAGGUCCCGUAAAAGAUCCAGGUCUCGCUCAAGGUCCAGAAGAUCCAGGUCUAAAUCAAGGUCCAGGCGUUCCAGGUCUAGGUCUAAGUCACGCUAUGAGGAAAGGAGAAGAGAAGACUCUUCUAGAAGGCAUAAAGACAAAAAGAAAUCUAAAGAGAAAGAUAGAUCAAGAUCUCACUCGAGAAAUCGUAGCAGAUCUCAUGAACGUAGUUCCAGGACCAGCUAUAGAUCAUCAAGGCGUUAUUCAAGCUCUCGAUCUCGAAGUCGUUCCAGAGAUCGGGACUAUUCCAGGUCCAGCAAGAAACGGUCCAAGAGAAGCCGCUCAAGAAGCAGGUCUAGGCACAGGUCAUCGUCAAGGUCAUAUUCUAGGUCAAGGUCAAGAUCAAGGUCAUCAGAAAGAAAGGACAGACACAGCAGCCAUGAUUCCAGUCACUCUAAGAAGGGCAGCCGUUCUAAGGGCUCAGCUGAAGGAAAUAGUGAAGCUACUACAAGCAUGAACCCAGCAGAGAGCAUCAAAGUUAAGAUGCAGAAGGCUCUUGAAGCUGCAGCUUCUGCUGAUGCCAGAUUGAGAGAGCAGGGUGUUCUAGCUAAUGCUGCAAAACAAGAAAUCUUAACACCAGCAGAGGAACUGAAGAGGCAAAAGAUCCUUGACAAGUUAGAAAAAGACACCUUUCAUCCUAAGAACUUCUCUUCAUCUGCCGGUGAUGUUAAGGCUAAAGACUCUCUACAAGGGAUGACAUCAGAUGCAUCACAUGACAGUGCCAUAUUUGGUUCUGCUCUGGAUGGAACUGACCCGACCGCAUCGACACAGGCGUUCUUGAGAGGACCUCGCUACAAGACCAAGACUUUUGCCAGUCAAGCGAUAUCAGCUAGUUCUGAGGAAAAGGAAGAAAGAUGGAUGAAAAAACUUCAAGACAUGAGAAAAGAAAGGCUACAAGCAAAUCCUUCUCGCUAUAAACACAUCCUGAACAUUUGAAGGUUUUGAUGAAAGUUAUUCUUAUAUAUAGAGAGAGAGAGAGAGAGAGGUUGAGAAGACUCCAGUCUUGAAUUCAAGGUCCUGUUGCUCACAUUUAAGGCAAUUCAUGGUCAGACCCCAGGAUAUGUGUCAUCUUUAAUCGGAGCGGUGUUAUCUUCGCCCUGGACUUCGCUCAUCUGGCCUUACUCUCCAGAUGCCCAUUACUCAUCUCAAGGGAUAUGGAGACCGGGCAUUUUCCUCUAUUGCUCCUCGCCUGUGGAAUUCCCUCCCAUUAUCUAUUCGCGAAAUUGACAACCUGGACCACCUCAAAGCUUCACUCAAAACUCACAUCUUCCUUCAGACAUUUGAAUGCUAAUUUUAUUGGAGGAGCUCGCACCUUUGAAUGUUUUUGAAACAGGUAUGGCGCCAUACAAAUGCUGUUCAUCAUCAUCAUCAUCAUCAUCAUCAGUCAGCCUUCAUUGUUUAUGUGAAGAUGUGAACAUCUUGCUCAAUGAGUCACCAUGAAGAUCCUUCAAGUUCUGAAGCUACAGAAAGAAAGGCUGAAGGCAAAUCCUACUUGUUAUUAAAACAUCCUGAACCCUGGAAGAUAAUUAAAAUUCUCUACUUGAUGAAAAACUUCUUUUCUUGAGAAUAGGAAGAUUCCAGGCCAACUGUGAUUGUGAUCUGGAGAGCUGUAAACAUCCGACUCUAACAAAAAUCACCUUGAAGAUCCAUUCUUCAGUCCAUGAUCAAAGAAAUUAUGUUGAAGGGAAAAUUGUACCCAUUAUGAGAACAUCCUAAACAUAUUAGAAGGUUUUGUUUAAUGUUCAAUACUAUUUUAACUGCAUUUCUUGAGGGUAGAAAGAUUACAGGCCAACAUGGUUGUGAUCUGGAAAAUUGCUCAAAUGAAAAUCACCCUCAAGAUUCUCCUUUCAUUAUUUUGAAUCUGUGGUCUUUGAGGGAAGAAAGAUUGAAUGCAAAUCCUACUCACUAUAGGCCUGUCUACACUAUCUCGAGAUUGCCAAAUAUCCAGCUAUUUGAACUAUCCCGAUCGCAAACUAUCCAGCUAAUUUGCGUCUUCAUCAGACCAAAGUAGCAAUUAGAAGGAUAUUUGGUCGGGAUUGUCAUCCCAAGAUAUCUUGGGAUAGUUUGCAAAAUAUCCCACUAUUUGGCAAAAUAUCCAGCUAUUUGUCCUGUGCGUCUUCACUAGACCGAAGAUUUGCAAUACGCGCUAACGCUGAGCAAAAUAUAUCGAGCUAAUUUGUCAAGGUUGAGUUUCAAGUUUCAAGGUCGAAUCUUGAGCUAAUGAAGACGCAAUAUGUAACUUCGGGAUUAUUUCUCAAAUAGUAGUUUGUAAUGGCAUUUGUGACCGAGGCUUUAUAAAUGCACCAAAUUUCUUGUCUUCUGAAAGAUUUGUCUUGGAGGAGUGUACAGUGUAAGUUUGUGAAGAAUUCUUGGUUGGUGGAGUUUGAUAUACAAACAUCCUAUGGACUGGAAGCUCUGAUGCAAACCCAUACCACUAAAAAGCUGUACUUAGUUGAAGAAGAACAACAAUAACAUGUACAACUAGAUAAGAGCUCAAGAGGAUUUAGGCCACCUUUGAUGCAUUUUUUGACUUAAAACCAUCAUUAUGAAAAGUGCUAUGUAGUCUACAUGUAAUUAUAAACUAAAAGUCAGUGCUGCUAAACAAUUCCAUUCGGAUGGUUCAAUUAUCAGAAAUAGUCCUAUGUCACAACCUUUAUGACAGCCGGACACCUUCCGCAGAUGUGUCAUAGAAAUUGUUUGUUAUUGAAAUGAAGUCUGAGAUGUUGAUGGAAGUGCUGUCUCUAGUACCUAUGAUACUUCAUGAGAAGGAAUAUUCCAUUCUGAAGUGUGGGUAUUUCAAUCUGCCAUAAUAAUAACUCAGUAAUGUUAACACAUUCCCAACAAUAUCUUUUAUUAGAUAUUGCACAUGACACCUAUUCUCCAUACUGGUAGGGGCAAACACCUUUGUAAACACAUAAUACCUGCAAAGAACUUGAAUAAUAUAGAACUUGUCUUGAAUCAAGAUUUCAUGUAUAUAUUUGUGAUUGGAUCAGCAGGCCCAAUGGUAUACUUGAUUAUUCUCAUGUUAUGACAUUUUGAUUGUAUUUUUUUCAUGGAAUAAGAACAAUUAACCCAUUGGAUUGUUAAUAUUG